AUGGAAAAGCCAUCCAUCCGAGCAGCACACCCACAGCCAGUUGACUGACAGGCAAGGAAACGAGCAAAAUCAUCGCUAGCCGCCGACACAAAUUAAGGUUGUGGCCAUGGACAAGAUCCUUGCUUUCUCGAUCAUGAGCUCGUCGCCGGCAGAGAUCUCCGGGGCAGGGUACGCCACGCGGCUGUCCUGGCGGAGCGGCGGCGCGAAGCAGCACCAGCAGCAGCAGGAGGAAAAAGUCGAGCAGAGCUCGCCGCCGGAGAAGAAGCCUGUGGCGCGGGCGCCGCGGUUCGCGCCAGAGUUUGACGGCAUCGACUGCUUCGAGUCCAUAGUUCCCUUUUGAGUUUUGUGACUUGCCGGCUCCUCGCUGGCGGCCUUCUUGAGAAUUUUGGACUUCUUGCUCUACUUUCUGUUGCUUAGCAACGAGCAGAACUUGUAAUAUCUGUACAGAGCUCCCUGAUCCAUCUUAACUGAUUCGGAUUUUAUACAAUUUUUUACUAAAUUUGAAUUAACUA